CAGCUUUCAGGCCGGACAGCAGCGGCUCCUCCGUCAGACGUGACGUCGCUGCUUCCCCGCUGAAAAACCAGACUCGACGGAGGAAGUUUUUCUACGAGGGGAGGAAAGAAAGAAAGAAAGAAGAAGGGAAAAAAAGAAACCCCCAAAACACCCCCUGCGCCUCUGAUCUUCGGAAUGUGCGGACAUUGGCUCUCCAACGCUGCAUCCCGCUGUCGAAAUGUUCAUCCAGUUGUACCGCUGCGUGGACUCCGCGCCUGUUCUGGCGAUUAUUUGCGUGACUGUGUUGUUGGCGAAAAACUGUGUGUGUGUCACUGAAGACGAGGACGAUGAAGUCCUGGAGAAAAAACAGCUCGUGGAGUUUUACAAGAAAGGUCUGUUUAUCCUGGAGAGUGAGCCGCUGAAGCAGUGCAUCUCAGCGAAUCGCUCGAAACUAGUGCUGGAGGACUGCGAGCGUCCGACGCGCCGCAUGCUGUGGAAGUGGGUCUCCCAGCAUCGUCUCUUUAAUCUGGGCACCAGCGCGUGCCUGGGCCUCAACAUUUCCGACUCGACGCAGCCCCUCGGGAUGUUCGAGUGCGAUGUGUCCCUCCCCGUGCUGUGGUGGCGCUGCAACGGAAACACGCUGUAUGGAGCGUCCCAGUGGAGGGUGACUGUGAUUCGAGGUUUAGUGGCGGUAAAGAAAAACAUUUACCAUCAGUGGAAGAGGUACAACACUCCCAGAGAGGGUCCCUGCUCAUAUCCAUAUGAAGAUAUCCACACUCUGUUGGGGAAUGCACAUGGAAUGCCUUGUGCCUUUCCUUUUAAAUACAACAACCAAUGGUACUCUGAGUGUACUACUGAGGGGCGUGAGGACCAUCUUCUGUGGUGCUCAACCACCCCUCGCUACGAUAAAGGCGAAAGAUGGGGCUUCUGUCCAGUGCAAGUUUCUGGUUGUGAGCACUUCUGGGAGUCAAACCAGGAGUUGCGUGCAUGUUACCAGUUCAACCUGUACACUAUCCAAACCUGGAGUCAGGCGCUGUCUACCUGCCAGGCCCAGGGUGGAAAUUUGCUCAGCAUCACCAGCCUGGCAGAGCACAAGUAUAUCAGAGAUCGAAUGGCGAGCGUUGGGGCGAUGGUGUGGACCGGGCUGAACCACAUUAAGGAUGGGCAUGGAUGGCAGUGGUCUGACGGAGCCCCUCUGUCACUGGUGAAUUUCACCACAGAUCUCCCAGCCAGCCCGCUACAGGACAAUAAACAGUGUGGUGUGUACUCAGGAUUCGAGGGUCACUGGCAGAGUCUAUCCUGUGAAUCUGCUCUGCCUUACAUCUGCAAGAAGACACCUAACGGCACCCGUGGAGCUGAGCCACUAGAGAACUGGCAGUAUAUUGAUACCGAGUGUGCGGAUGGCUGGUGGCCUCACAAUGGUUUUUGCUACCGAGUGCUGCCAGAAGCAGAAGUGGGAAGCUGGGCGGAGUCUUCUCAGGAAUGUCAUUCUUACGGGGCAAAUCUCACCAGCAUCCACUCCUUGUCUGAGGUGGAAAUGCUGGUCAACCUCCUGGCUAACUAUUCUGGGGGGAGUACAGAGGUGUGGAUUGGACUUUGGAAACAGGCGUUAUUGCCAGCUGUAGAGUGGUCUGAUGGCUCACCAGUAACUCUCACUCUCUGGCACCAGUAUCACCCUCUUCAUAACCUGACGGAUGGAACACUGUGUACUAAAGUGGACAGGAAGAGUGGCAACUGGCUGCUAGCGUCAUGUGACGAGCGACUGGCUGCUGUGUGCAGAAGAGAGAGCCAGAAUGGCGUUCAGCACCAUGGAACCUGGGAUGAGGGCUGUCCUGAGGGCUGGAAGAAGCACGGCCAUUCCUGUUACAUGGUGACAGGUCAAGAACAGAGCUACGAAGAUGCCCUGAUGGGGUAUUACUGCAAGGGUUCUCUUCUCACGGUGGAAAACAGGUUUGAGCAGGCGUUUGUCAACAGUCUGCUGAGUGAAAGUGGGGCCAAAAGUAGCAUGUAUUACUGGAUUGGUCUCAGGGACCAGGACAAGGGGAGGAAGGGAGAGUACAGAUGGCUUCAUCAUAACGGCUCCUCUCUGCCUCUCACCUUCACAAACUGGAAUAAACACCAGCCAGUCAGCACCGGUGGCUGUGUCGCUAUGUCAGGAGGACCUGCUUUGGGCCGCUGGGAGGUGAAAGACUGCAAGGUUCACAAGGCCUUGGCUGUGUGUAAGCAGAACAUCAGGAGCUACCAUGAUGUUCAGCUGCCAGAGCAUCACAUUGAUGCCUACGCCCCGUGCCCCCCAGGGUGGGAAUCAAACUCUGGGCUGCUCCACUGCUUUAAGGUGUUCCACAGUGAGAAAGUCCUGAUGAAGCGCUCCUGGGUGGAAGCAGACUUCUUCUGUCAGGCCCUCGGGGCUCAGCUGGCCAGUUUCCAACACUAUGAGGAGCAGGUGUUUGUUAAACAGCUCCUCGGUACCAUGUUUGAAGGAACAGAGGCUCGUCGGUUCUGGGUGGGUUUAAAUAAGAGAGACCCGGAAUAUGCCGGAGCUUGGGAGUGGUCUGAUGGUUCUCCUGUGGUGACGUCGUUCAUUGAUGAUAAGAACGAGGAGGAUGACAGGAGGGACUGUGCUGCGUACAGUGACCUGACCAACACGUUCAUGCCGCAGCUGUGCGACUCCAAACAUGAGUGGGUCUGUAAGCUGUCCAGAGGUGAUAAACUGAACAAACCCUACUGGUACACUGAGCAGAGCGAGCCCUGGGUGUUUUACCGUGGAGCUGAGUACCUGCUGGCCAAGCAGCCCUUUGACUGGCACGCUGUCUCUCUGGCAUGUCAGAUGAUGGGAGCCUAUCUGCUGUCCAUUCACUCCAAAGAGGAGCUCAACUUUGUCAAGGAACGCUUGCGGCGGCUCUCGCUGGGCCCGACUGACUGGUGGAUUGGCCUGUCCAUUGGUCCGCCUGGACAGGAGGUCAGGUGGAGUGACAAGACUACAGUAGACUUUCAGAAAUUUGAUGAAGUGGCUGUUGACGAUGAUCUUCGGAGAAGAAGGGCGUGUGUCACCAUGUCUUCUUCUUCAGGGAAGUGGGCACUGAGCAGAUGCAGUGAUCUCCAUGGAUACGUGUGCAAGAGAGAAACUGUGUCUGUGGUGGAGACCCCCCGGGAACCGCACUACAUUGGAGGAUGCCCGGAGAAAUGGCUGUACUUUGGACACAAGUGUCUCCUGCUUCACCUCCCUACCAGUCCAAAGGAGGGAAAAAGUUGGAACGAUGCCCAGUCCAUCUGCUCUUCUUUUCAAGGCUCGCUAGUUGCCAUAGAAGAUGAGAUUGAACAAGCCUUCAUCACCAUGUUUCUCCAGGGAAGCGCUGUAGGUGUGUGGAUUGGGCUGCGAGAUGAGGACACCAUGAAAUGGACCAAUGGGAGGCCAGUCAGCUACACCAACUGGUCUCCAGUAGAACCAAAGAACCCUCUCAAUGAAGACACGUGGCUCCAAGGAUAUACUGAUGAGCCUCUGUGUACUGUCCUGUCCAACAACCACAACUUCCACCUGACGGGGAAGUGGUACGACGAGAAGUGCAGCGAGAGCGGGUAUGGCUUUGUAUGUCAGAAACCUCAAGAUCCAUCCAAACGCCCCACCCACUCAUACCACCACCUUCUCCCAGAAAUUAUUGAGUACAGGAACCGCAACUACAAGGUUGUGACUGGCAACCUGAGCUGGUACGACGCGAUGAAUAAGUGCAAAGGCCAUGAUUCUGACCUUGUGAGCGUUACAGAUGCCUACCACCAGGCUUUCCUUACUUUCCUUGUCAAUAGAUUGGGAGCGCCGCACUGGAUUGGACUGUACAGUGUAGACGUAUCGGAAUGUGUGAAAAUACCCAUUUCCCGCCUUCUCCUGCUGUCCCUCGCAGGCAAUAAACCGUUAACUGCGAAUGUGAUGGCGUGUCCCUCCACAUGGGUGAAAUUUGGACAUGGUUGUUACAGCUUUGAGUCCGUGGCGGAGAAACGUAGUUUUGAGAAGUCAAGAGAGCACUGCAGGAAUAAAGUCAACACCUCCGAUGUCCUGACCAUUGAGGAUGAGACAGAGAACCGUUUCAUCAUGGAGCAGCUCUGGUCAUCGAGGUUCCUUCCCCAGACCUUAUGGUUGGGGAUGCACUUCAAUGUUGACACGGCAUUUGGAUGCAUAAACUUUUCCUAUUUAUUGAUCUUUGCUGCAUAUUCUCACCUGAUGAGUUCAAAACGGUUGUGCAUUUCUUUUCCAGAUGGAAAUACUGAGGUGGAAGUGAAACCGCUGAAUGGUUUGCAUCACGGUGUCAUCCCCGCUGCUGUGCUGGCAGCGUUGCUAAUCUUUAUCCUGCUGGCAGGGGUAAUGUGGUUUCUGUACAAGAGGAGCUCCGGACGUUUCCAGCGGCUCCCCACGCUCGGCAGCGCUUAUUUCAGGCAAACGGACUCGCAGGCUACGGAGUCAGAUGGAAACGUUCUCAUCGCAGACCUGGAGCCUCCCUCGGCAGAGUAGCACACGUUGGCUUGUUUCUUCCUCGAAGCCUCUGCUGUCCUCCCGCGCUCUGUCACCUUGUCACCGUCAGGUACGGAUGCCGCGCUGCACUGUAAAACUGUGAUGCUGACUCCUCAGGACAGUGGUGAGAUGAUGACGGCAAGCAGUUUUGAGCGCGUCUCUAGUUUUCAUUUACUCGCACCAUUUAGGUCACCAAACACUUGCAAAGACACUUGAAGACCACAGACUAAGAGAUCACACAGACCAAGAAGGGACGCUAAAGAGCUUUGGACUUGUUUGAAGAGGUUCCGUUUGAUGUCAUCCGGGAUUUAUUCUGUUAUGAUUUGUAAACAGUGUUAAGGAGAAUAAUUUAAGACAUGCUCUUGGGCUUCUUUUCAGGGCAAAAAGUCACUUUUAUUGUCAAGCAUGAGUACGGUUCAUGAUAAAAUAUUCUUUACAAUGAUGCUUUGUUCAGUCAGACUUCUGUUGAUGGGUCUGUAUGCAUGGUACAGUAUUUUGUCAGUAUUACUUAUUUUGUCAUUUUUUAUUCUUUCAUGUGUACGUGCUGUAUGUUGUUCAUGACCAAAUAAGUACCGGGACUGAAUGGAUUUGCUUGGUUCUGGCUGCUGACGAAAAGAACACAGAGGGAUAUAUGUUUUGCACAGUUUUAUUUGUGUUUUAAUAAAUCAAAUUUGGUUGAA